ACUUGGCCUUGGGAACGGGGAGCCGCUUCCUUACUCGCCAUACUCUGAGCAAAAUUCUUUCCCAUAGAAAGAAAGCCCCAUUUUCCUUAUCUGAUCACUAACUUUAGGGUUUCCAAAAUGAUUUCGAAAAUGAACAUCUUCAAGAAGAAAACUUCACCCAAAGAUGCGCUACGAUCCAGCAAAAGGGAAAUGGCCGUUGCCACUCGAGGCAUCGAGCGUGAAAUUGCCUCUCUAGAAAUGGAAGAAAAGAAAUUAAUGGCAGAGAUCAAGAAAACAGCUAAAACUGGGAAUGAGGCUGCCACCAAAAUUUUAGCUCGUCAACUUGUUAGGCUGCGGCAACAAAUCGUAAAUUUGCAGGGAAGUCGUGCUCAGAUCAGGGGCGUAGCAACUCACACACAGGCACUAUACGCCAGCACAUCAAUUUCUACUGGAAUGAAAGGCGCCACCAAAGCAAUGACAGCCAUGAACAAGCAAAUGGCACCUGUAAAACAAGCUAAAGUGAUCAAAGAAUUCCAGAAAGAGUCAGCUCAGCUGGACAUGACGAUUGAGAUGAUGUCAGAGUCUAUUGACGAAACCUUGGAUAAAGACGAAGCCGAGGAAGAAACAGAGGAGCUUACAAACCAGGUGCUCGAUGAGAUCGGUGUGGACAUUGCAUCACAGUUAUCUUCAGCCCCAAAAGGUCGUAUUGCAUCAAAGAAAGUCGAAAAUGUUGCUCCUCCUAGUUCUCAGGCCGCUGAUGUUGAGGAUCUUGAGAAGAGGUUGGCUUCUCUUCGGCGAAGUUGACCACCAAAAAAUGUUCAUAUUAUAAGGGAAUGGGGAAUGGGGAAUGCCAUUGCAGGACAGCUCUCCUUCAUAGUAUAAAAAUCUCAUUGUGUACAACUAAGACCAAUGCUUCUAUAUAUCUACCUUGACUUGACAUUUUUCUUUUGAUGUAGAAAGUGUUAAUCAAACAGUUGCAUUGUGCUAUAUAGAAUGAAAUAUAUAAGUUGAGUUAAUACCA